AUGACAGCCGGCGCCGUCCUGACGAUCUGUGAGCUGGAGGACACCGAGUACAAGGAGAAGCUAGACGAGGUCAGCGGCUGGGGAAACUUCUACCUUCGGGACAUCGUCAACAUGCGGGUUGUGGGUGUGGUUGAGGGAACCUCCUGCCCUGUCGGUGACUUGGUCCUGUUGACGUGUGAGGACAAACAGCUGUAUGGAUACGAUGGAGAGGAGCUGCAUGUGGUGGCUCCAAGUCUCCCCAAGGCCAUAAGUGACAAGAAAAUUGACUAUCCUGCAUCGGAGAGCUAUUACAACGGCAAGGCUUUCAAAGAUAUGGCUGACAGGCUCAACAGGAGGGAAAUGUUUCUGAUACGGCAAACCCGUAACAGAAUAAAUGCCUUCAACCUCAUUUGUAAGAUGCUGGAGUGGUGUCGGACAAGGGAAACAAAACUUUUGAUGGAUGAGAUGCUUCACAGCAUCUUCUUUCUGAUGAAAAUCUGCGGUGUCCCCUUUUCUCCAGAAGAAAUUAUCCAAGAUAGAACAAUUCUGCAGCAGUUGUUGUCAUCAUAUCCCGAGCCUUUUGAGCAUCUGUCCCAGCUCCCCAGGAGGACUCCAUUCUCCUGUGUGCUGGAUAUGGUCAUUUUGAUGGGAAACAGUGAAAAUGAGGCCGCGGUGAAGGCCAGUCUGCAAGAUAUCACCAGGAGUCUGGAUGCAAUGUUUCCUGUCUCAACAACUAUCUGCAUCUCUCAGAAUACCAAGAAUUCGACGAGACACUAUGGAGUGUCCAUGUCCGCCACCGGCAAGAAUCAGCGGGCGAUAAUGAUCGCUGCCUCCUGCUUUGGCCCCUGGGAUGAGUAUGUGGCCGGUGCGGUCAUGACCUUCCUGCCAAACGAACAAAGAAUGAUGGACACCCCGGAAUUUAAUGGGGCCAUAAUACUACCGGCGUACAUCAGAUGCGAGGCUUUCGACCUCCGCACCGAUCGCAUAAAGCCUCCCUGCCGAUCGUGUGGGGAAAUGUUUGGCCUGCCCACAAUUGAAACACACGGCUGGCCCCAUGGUAAUUGUGCCGAAGCUGAGAGUGUGAGCAACCUGCUUAAACAUGACAGCGAGGUAAAAAGAGAUGUGAGAAUCCCAUCUCCAAUCGGCACAGAGGAGAUCAGGCAGAUUGUCCAAACGGAUGUUGGUCUGAAGCUCCAGGAGAUUCUGGCAAAUAGUCCUUAUCGCAUAACUUGGACGGGUGAUUUCUACACUGCAUCAGCUAUGUAACUAUGAAGAGAGACAGAGAGAGAUGACUUGGCUCUUAUUAAAAGAUAAGUUUGACAUAUCUGCUUUGAUCUAACCCUUCGUCAUGAUGUUCACUACUCUGCCUCCUCACAGUCUUUGGGCUCAGCUGCAGUAAUGAUGACGAUGCUUUUAUUGCAGCAAUAGUAACAAACUCAGAGUGUUUCUCAUGUUGCCUGCAGGACCUGUAAAACACAAUGACUCAGGGACUUAAUGUCCUCCUUAAAUGAAACCAUUAAGGAGGCAAGAUUCAGAUACUUUGGGAUUUUUCUUAUUUGACGUUAUCAAAGCAGCAAAGUGUUGUUUGACACUAUAAGUUCCAUUGUGUCUCCUGCUUCGCUGGCUGCUCCCGUGCACUGUAAGGCUGAUAGUAACGACUUUUCAACCUUCUUUGCUGACAAAAUCAGAGCCAUAAAAGACAAAAUUCCAGCACCUUCCCUGUGCAGUCCAGGUCAUGCCGAACCACCCCUACAUGUCUGGUCCUCUUUUACUCCCGUAUGCCCUGAAGACAUCUCAGCACUGAUGGGGAAGACAAAACCCUCCUCCAGUCCUGUAGAUGUUUUACCAUCUAAGCUCACUGCGAGUGUUUUUGACACAAUCGGACCAUGGGUGACCAAAAUGCUCAACCUGUCGCUCGCUUCUGGUGUCUUUCCUUCCAUCUUCAAGCAUGCAGUUGUAGAGCCAAAACUUAAGAAAGCAAACUUGGACCAACACGAACUUAAAAACUACAGGUCGAUAUCUAAACUCCCCUAUUUGUUCAAAUUGUUAGAAAAGGUGGUGACGAAACAGCUCACAUCUUUUUUACAAGAGCAUGACAUCUAUGACAUUUUUCAGUCAGGCUUUCGCAAACACCACUCUACAGAGACUGCCCUGCUGAAAGUGUCCAGUGAAAUCCUGAUAUCGGCCGACUUGGGGAGGUACACUGUGCUGGUCCUCGUGGACCUGUCUUCAGCCUUUGACACUGUUGACCAUCAGAUUCUGAUAAACAAGCUGCAGGACCUGAUUGGCCUGUCAGGUUCAGUGCUCAAAUGGUUCUCCUCAUACCUCACUGGCAGGAGCUUCAGUGUGUCAGCCAACAACACAAUGUCUGAGCCAGCUAGCCUGCAGUAUGGCGUGCCUCAGGGCUCUGUUCUGGGACCCCUCCUGUUCCUGCUGUAUUUGCUUCCUCUGGGUCAGAUAAUCCAGCAGUUCAGCGAUGCCUCGUACCACCUAUUUGCAGACGAUCUACAGCUGUACUGCACCUUCAAGCCCUCUGAAGCCCACAAACUGAGCUUGCUAAUGAACUGCUUAUCACUAAUCAAGCAGUGGCUAAGAGACAACAACCUCCAACUAAACUCAGAAAAAACCGAGACCCUCAUUAUUGCCCCAGACAGUGCCAUCCCUGCUAUUAAGCAGCACUUUGGUGAUCUGAGUCCCUCAACCAAGACCGAAUUGAGGAACCUUGGGGUGAUCUUUGACAGUACCAUGUCACUGGACCACCAUUCAAGGCAGCUGGUAAGAACUUGUUUCUUCCAGCUGCGCAACAUCGCUAAGCUCAGACCCAUGGUGUCUAAGAAGGAGCUUGAAAUGAUCAUUCAUGCCUUUAUAUCAUCGCGGCUUGACUACUGUAAUAGCCUAUUCACCUGUCGUAACAAGAAGGAGCUGGCUUGCCUCCAGUAUGUUUAAAACUCUGCUGUGAGGCUGCUGACCAGCACCAACAGGAGGUCCCACAUUACACCCGUAUUAAAAUCCCUCCACUGGCUCCCUGUUACAUUCCGUAUUCAGUUUAAAAUCUUGGUGCUGACCUUUCGAGCCCUACAUGGCCAGGCUCCCAUAUAUAUCAGAAACCUCAUCACACCCUACAGCUCAGCCUGAAGCCUGAGGUCCUCUGAGCAGAAUCUUCUCAGAGUCCCCCGUACUCGUUUUAAAACCAGGGGUGACCACUCUUUUGCAUCCACUGCCCCGCGCCUCUGGAAUGAGCUGCCCCUGGACUUGCGCUCCCUGGACUCGGUGGAGGCCUUCAAGAAACUCUUGAAGACAUAUUUGUUCCAGAAGGCUUUCUA